AUGAAGCUGGACAUAAAGAAAACUUUCAGUAAUAGAUCCGAUAGGGUCAAAGGUAUUGACUUCCAUCCAACCGAACCAUGGGUUCUAACAACCUUGUACUCCGGCCGUGUUGAAAUUUGGAAUUACGAAACACAAAUUGAGGUCAGAUCCAUUCAAGUCACCGAAACUCCUGUAAGAGCAGGUAAAUUCAUUGCAAGAAAAAACUGGAUAAUUGUAGGAAGUGACGAUUUCAGGAUCAGAGUCUUCAAUUAUAACACCGGUGAAAAAGUCGUUGAUUUUGAAGCUCAUCCAGACUAUAUACGUUCCAUUGCUGUACACCCAACAAAACCUUAUGUCUUGUCCGGUAGUGACGAUUUAACAGUCAAACUGUGGAAUUGGGAAAACAAUUGGGCUCUCGAACAGACCUUUGAGGGUCAUGAACAUUUUGUUAUGUGCGUAGCAUUCAAUCCAAAGGACCCUACUACAUUUGCCUCCGGUUGUUUAGAUCGAACAGUUAAAGUUUGGUCGUUGGGCCAGUCAACACCAAAUUUCACUUUAACUACGGGGCAAGAAAGGGGCGUUAACUACGUUGAUUACUACCCAUUACCUGACAAGCCUUAUAUGAUCACUGCGUCGGAUGACUUGACCAUCAAGAUCUGGGACUACCAAACAAAGUCAUGCGUAGCCACUUUAGAAGGUCACAUGUCUAAUGUUUCGUUUGCUGUUUUCCACCCAACUUUACCAAUCAUAAUUUCUGGUUCUGAAGAUGGUACUUUGAAGAUCUGGAACUCUUCCACUUACAAGGUGGAGAAAACUUUAAACGUUGGUUUAGAAAGAAGUUGGUGUAUUGCCACUCAUCCAACUGGACGUAAAAACUACAUUGCGUCCGGGUUUGAUAACGGGUUCACUGUGCUUUCGUUAGGUAAUGAUGUUCCAACUUUAUCGCUUGAUCCUGUUGGUAAGUUGGUAUGGUCAGGUGGUAAAAAUGCAGCAGUUUCCGACAUAUUCACUGCUGUUAUAAGAGGCAACGAAGAAGUCGAACAAGAUGAACCAUUAUCCUUACAAACUAAAGAACUUGGGUCCGUCGAUGUUUUCCCUCAGUCUUUAGCUCAUUCUCCAAACGGUAGGUUCGUUACAGUUGUUGGGGACGGUGAAUACGUUAUUUAUACAGCUUUGGCUUGGAGAAACAAAGCUUUUGGUAAAUGCCAAGACUUUGUUUGGGGCCCUGACUCCAACAGUUAUGCCUUAAUUGACGAGACCGGACAAACAAAAUACUAUAAGAAUUUUAAGGAAGUUACAUCAUGGUCUAUCCCAUUACACUCAGCAGUCGAUAGGCUAUUUUCAGGUGCUUUGUUGGGUCUUAAAUCCGAAGGCUUUGUUUAUUUCUUCGACUGGGACAACGGUGCGCUGGUCAGAAGAAUUGAUGUUAAUGCUAAGGACGUGAUUUGGUCCGAUAACGGUGAAUUGGUCAUGAUCAUCAACACUAACGACAGCGGUGACGAAGCCAGUGGUUACACUUUAUUAUUCAACAGAGAUGCUUACCUCGAAGCAGCAAAAGACGGCAACAUUGACGACUCAGAAGGUGUUGACGAAGCAUUCGACGUAUUGUAUGAAUUAAGCGAAUCUGUUACAUCGGGUAAAUGGGUUGGCGAUGUCUUUAUUUUCACCACAGCAACCAAUAGGCUAAAUUACUUCGUCGGUGGUAAGACUUAUAAUUUGGCUCAUUACACAAAAGAAAUGUACCUAUUAGGCUAUUUGGCUCGUGACAACAAAGUAUACUUAGCUGAUAGAGAGGUGCAUGUUUAUGGUUACGAAAUAUCUUUAGAGGUUCUCGAGUUUCAAACAUUAACUUUAAGAGGAGAAAUUGAAGAAGCUAUCGAAAAUGUUCUCCCAAAUGUCGAAGGUAAGGACUCUUUAACUAAGAUUGCUAGAUUUUUGGAAGGUCAAGAGUAUUAUGAAGAAGCACUAAACAUAUCCCCAGAUCAAGAUCAAAAGUUCGAAUUAGCCUUGAAAGUUGGUCAACUUACGCUGGCUCAUGAUUUGUUGACAGACGAGAGUGCUGAUAUGAGAUGGAGAUCACUAGGUGACGCAUCUUUACAAAGAUUCAAUUUCAAACUUGCUAUUGAAGCUUUCACAAAAGCACACGACCUAGAAUCCUUAUUCUUAUUGCAUUCAUCUUUCAAUAAUAAAGAGGGAUUAAUUACUUUAGCUAAAGAUGCUGAAACUGCUGGUAAAUUCAAUUUGGCAUUCAAUGCUUAUUGGGUUGCUGGUGAUAUAGAAGGUGCUAAAGAACUUUUAAUCAAAUCCGAGAGGUUCUCAGAAGCAGCUUUAUUAGGUUCGACAUAUGGUCUAGGGGAUAAUGAAGUUAAUGAUAUUGUCAAGAAAUGGAAAGAAAGUUUAGUACUCAAUGGAAAGAAAACUGUAUCAGAAAGAAUAUGCGAGACCGAAGGGUUACCAAGCUCAUCAAAGGCAGCUGAUGCACAACCUCUAAUUGAUUUAGAUUCUGCUCCAACAUCGAAACAUGCCCAAGAAAUUCAAAAUACUGAAAUCGAAGAAGGCGAGUUUGUAGAAUCAAACAUAAAAGAACCUGAAGGAGAAAAGGAGGUAGAAACUUCACAACCAAAAGAAGAAGAUGAACAAGGGCAACAGGAAAAGGCUGCCGCCGCAGAAGAAGAGAACGAGAGCAAGUCGGAGAAAGACGAAUAA